AUGCUGAGUCCUGGGCAGGAGAUGGGGAUCUGGAUUAUGACUGGCUUUCUAGCCAUCCUUACUGUCUUUUUCAAUGUCUAUAUCUUACUGGUGAAUCAGCGGAACUGGAGAAAGAACCAUUUACAUCUUUGUCCAGGUGACACCAUAAUGACUGGAAUAUCUCUGGCUAGCAUUGGCCAUCAAGUCCUCUCCUACUUCUGGAUGACCAUGGUUGAGAUAGAUAUAAACUGUGUAUAUGACAUGGUGGAAUCCAUUCUGCUAGUGUUAGUUUUUUCUCUGAAGUUCUCAGUUAUGUGGACCACCGCUUUCCUAACUUUCUUCUACAGCACCAAACUUGUAAUUGAGCCCAUCCAUUGCUACACACACAUCCAGGAGGUUAUCCUCAAGCAUGUUCUCACUGUAGUGAUUGUUAUUUUUCUUUGUGGUUUCACUAACUGUCUGCCACUACUGAAGGUCCUGACAUACCAGAACAGCAGUGCAGGAAGCAUCAACUGUGGCUCAAUCAUACCAGAAGGGGUUACUGGUCUAAGCUACAUUAUCUAUCUUGCGGUGAUUGCAGAUAUUGUUCCAGGUAUACUGAUGAUCAAAUGCAGUAUCUCCAUUUCAUACCAUCUGGCCAUCCAUCUUCGUCACAUGAAGGAAAGUACUAAUGGUGCUCACGCUCCUAAGCUGGGCACUCAGAUGCGGGUUAUCAGGAUGAACCUCACCCUAGUGGUAGUGUUUCUUUGCUUUCUGCUCAUGGACCUUUACACCCAAUCCAAAGUAGUGUUGCAAAGUGAGAACAGCAUUGGUUUGACAAUUCUUUUCUCCGCACUUUAUACCACAGCCAGUGGAUUUGUGCUUAUCUAUGGAAAGAAGAGCUUCUGGAAAGAAUUUCUUCAGUGGUAUAACUCCUUCUUAGAUGAGUACUCUUGUUUAAACUGUAUGAAAAUACCAGAGUGUAAGAACAAAAAGCACAGUGUUCCCAAGCACUAA